UAUCAAUAUCAUGUUUAAAAUAUAGUUCCAUUGCACACACUAUAGCUAGCGAGCCGUCACAUUUAUUCGGCUACCAAACAACCACUUAAUUUCGCAGACUUGCUAGCUACGGAAAUUGGCACACCUGUGAAACUAAUUUAGUUUUGCGGUUCCUAUCCAUGUUUGACUCCGACAGAGGAGAAAUAUUGACCAUGUCCCAAGAGAAGCCAGACGCUUGCAGCCAGACCCAGUCGCAGCCUCAGACCCAGUCCCAGAGUGGCUCCAGCUCCUCCUCUGCUCCAGGCUCUGCCAGCCAGUCAUCUUCAGGGUCUGGCACUGUCAGUUCAGUGGACACCAUCCCUGUUAGGGACCUGGGCUCCAUACCAGAGGAGCCUGAGCCACAGCCCUGGGGCCUCCUGCUGCCUAUGCAGAGAGGCUUCAGAGCCCACAACUGUGUUGAGGACGACGCUUGGUUUGGCAGGCACACUAAAUGCAACUAUUCCUUUGAUGUCCCCAUACUGAGGAAAUCAUCCAGAUUUGCUGCAUACAGCAAUAAACAUUUUAGGAUAUUCCGAGAGAAGAACAUUGUCUAUGUCUUUGACAACAGUAACAAUGGCACGUUUGUUGACGGUAAAGUUAUUGGAAAAGGAAAAAUGUUGCCACUAGCGAACAAUGCAGUGUUGUCCCUAGCUGAAGAACGCCACAAAGUGUUUGUGUUCAUUGAUCUCAUGGCGGAUGAGCAGUCCAACCUACCCAAAGAGUUAAGCGAGAAAUACAUGAUCACCAAAACGAUUGGAGUUGGUGUGUGCGGGGAAGUGAAGCUGGCUUUUGAGAGGGCCACUUGCAAAAAGGUGGCCUUGAAGACUAUCAACAAGAAAGAUUUCCCGGCAUCUGUUGGCACUGCCACACGAAGUGCAGAACGAGAGAUCCAGAUCCUUCAAAAGAUUGACCAUCCAUGUCUGAUCAAAACAAAAGACUUCUUCCAAACAGAUGACUCCUACUACAUUGUUUUAGAGCUCAUGGAGGGUGGAGAACUCUACGACAGGGUCAAAAGCAAGCAACAGAUCAAGGAGCCGAUUGCCAAGCUAUAUUUUUACCAGAUGUUGAAAGCAGUAGAGUACCUUCACAACAAUGGCAUCAUCCACAGAGACCUCAAACCUGAAAAUGUGCUGCUUUCGUCUCACGAUGAUGUUUGCGUCAUCAAGAUCACAGACUUUAAUCAGUCCAAGAUACUGGAGGAGUCUGCCCUGAUGAGGACCCUUUGUGGAACACCCACAUACCUGGCACCAGAGGUGUUUACAGACGCAGUCACUGUGGGCUACAGCAGGGCUGUAGACGCCUGGAGUUUAGGGGUCGUCCUGUUUGUGUGUUUGGCAGGCUAUCCCCCAUUCUACCCUAAUGCACGAAUUGGUUUGUCAGUCAGUGAUCAGAUCACCCAGGGAAUAUAUACAUUUAUUCCAUCAAAAUGGAAUGGCAUCUCCGAUGAUGCCAAAGAUGUUGUGAAGAAACUGCUUCGAGUGGACCCCAAUGCCCGCCUCACCAUUGAGGAGGCUUUACAGCAUCCCUGGCUGAUGGAUGAGGCAAUGAAGGAGAUCGCUGAAGGCAUCAUGUACCCCAAGGACUCCAGAGAUGCCGAUGCCACAGCAGACUCUGGAGAUGCCACAGUAGCCUCAACCGGAAAGAGGUCAAGAGAAGAUAAGGAAGAGCAGCAGCCAACAAAGAGGUGACCAGGCCCAUCCACAGAGGCAACAUGAGCCACAUUCCACCCUCGUCUCCCCAUUGGAGACUCCCCUGAUAUUUUUCUUCUGGCAAUUAGGCCUACUUCAAAUCAGUAUAUUGCAUUUCAUCACGCAUCACUGUAAUCAUUCCCACAAUGUCCCUGUUCAGGAUAGUGCAAUCAACUGGAAUUGACUUGAUUACUGCAUGUUGAGUUCCAACUCGUGGGCACAUGUGGAGCUAGCUCCACAUUGUUACGGUGGUGGAAUGUGAAAGCUUCCAUACAGCAGUU